GCUUGCACUACCAUGGUCUCCGUCGCGCGCACAAUAGCCUACUGCGAGUUUGUAGUAUCAUGACUGUCGCGGGCGCAACUAGAAACACCGAAGAUGCGCGUGCUGAGCUCUGCUGAAAAUCUCAAUUGUUAGACAGCAGCAAAGCGUCAGUCUUUGGUCUAUUUUUUGAAGUUUAUUAUUCUUUUUUUUUAUUACUUUCAACAUGGGCUGUCCAAUUUCAACACUUGCCUCCAAGCCAGCUGUGAACUCCUCGGAGGAGAUAGCUUUGGUGAGGCUUACGGACAAUCAGAAGGAAAUGAUAAAGCAAUCGUGGAGUAGCAUUCAGCGGGACAUAACCCGAGCAGGCAUCAUCCUGUUCGUCAGAUUGUUCGAGAGCCAUCCAGAAUGCAAGGAGGUGUUCUUUGAAUUCCGUGAGGUGGACGACAUUGAAAUGCUUCGCGUCAACAAAGAGCUGCGAGCCCAUGGGUUGAGGGUGAUGUCCUUCAUUGAGAAGAGCGUGGCUCGACUGGAAGAACCCGAGCGAUUAGAGAAGCUGGCCUUUGAACUGGGGAGAAAACACUACAACUACAGAGCCAUCCCCAAAUACUUCAUGUAUGUCAUGCCCGAGUUUAUCCGAGCCAUCCAGCCAAUACUGAAGGAUGGCUUGACCCCGGAGCUGGAAGAUGCUUGGAAGGCCCUCUUUAUGUACCUGACUGGGAUGAUGAGGCAGGGCUACCUGGAGGAGGAGAAGAGGCAGAACCCGCGAGGUCCCCCCAGCAUCCGCGCAUCAUCUGUCAAGAGCAACGCCAUUUGACGACCCUCACACCACCACACCACAUCCAGGCUAGAGCUUCACCCAGCACAGAGGGGCCUGACUAGAGGCACAACGCCAUCUGACGACCCUCACACCACCACACCACAUCCAGGCUAGAGCUUCACCCAGCACAGAGAGGCCGGACUAGAGGCACAACGCCAUCUGAAGAACCUCACACCACACACCCAGUCCACUAUCGGUCAAGUUACUCAAGAUGGAAUCUCUGCUGAUGGUAGAUUCUAGCGCAGGCUAAACUGUAACUGACACCUAAAUGAAAGGAUGUAUACAUCUCCGUUCAAGUCAGAGCUUAGAAUGUACAAAUGCUUACAACCCAAUCUACUACCUUUUGACUUACACACCCACAAACAAUAUUAGAGUGUUGUGCUAACUGGCUAGCAAAUUCAGCUCCAACCAAAGACUUCAUUUUUCAACUCCACUGGUGAUAUUGCCGCAAUGUUGCUACUCAACUCAAGCAUAUAGCCUACCUUUCACACACACACACACACACACACACACACACACACACACACACACACACAAACCAACCAUUUUACCUCCAUUUGCACCUUCGCAGCUACUGUAAAGCUAACAGUUAAUCAGCAGAACCGCUCAAAUCAAUAGGCUACCGUAGAUUCAUUACAAAACACUGCCCAGUGGUGAUACUGCAUGUUAGUGGUCUAAUGGUGUUAGACUUUUCCUACAAUUAUUUUAAUACUGAACUGAACCCAUAAUGCCCAGGAUAUUUAGGUUUUAUUUUGUAGUCUGAAGAAAGACUGUAAGUUUGAAAUUUACAGCUGCAAGUGCUAGGUUUUGCAUUUUUGCAUUGUAAUAUAGUGUGCAGUUUUAUCUCUGAUUUUAUGUUUUUAAAAUACUUUUAUUUACAUUCAGUUGUCUUAUUUAACUGCAUUGUGUGGACGCAGAUGUACCGGUAGAUGAUGUACCCUGGUGGUGAGACAGACCUCUUUGCUGACCUCUUGUAAGUUGCUAGUUUUUUUCUUUUCUUUCCUUUUCUUUUUUGUGACUCGCAUAGAGUUGUGGGUUUCAUCAGGUCCCUUUCCACAGGUGUAUACUGUAAAAUCAAGCACUUAGAUUAUGAAUGCAGACUGCAUGGUGCUGGAUUAACCCAUCUGCGUAAAGGGACCUGAUGAACCCCAUGAUUACUGAUGGUCCAUACAGUCUAUUUCACAGCAUUUAGACCAUUGCUUUUGUUCCACAACUUAUCUUUUUUCAUUUUAAUCCCUUGGCUUUUGGCUGAUAUUUUCGUUUAUUUUGAGAUUUUUUUUCUCAAUUUUACACAAAUGAAAAUAAAUGAUGUCCCACUCCAUGCUUUACCUUUGUAUAUACUGCAGUUAUCCCAAUAUUAGAAUUUCCAGUGCUAUUGUAAGAAUCUUUGUUUUUAUUCAUAUACAGUAUAAAAUAGCCAUUUGCGUCUUCAACAUCUGCCUUCAUAUUUUAUCCUUGACUGUGAUGGUAUUUAUACGUCUUAUAUAAAAGUUAAAUAAAUGUUUAUGUCAUCAUGAUUGCGGUAUUAUGGUAUUUGUAUACAGUAGGUCUAAUAUAAAAAUGAAAUAAAUAUUCAAUAGCA